AACAAUUAAAAUAUAUUUGAUUAUUUUUCAUCUGCUAAGAACUCAAGAGACAUUUCAAGGAAUAGCCAAAUUAGACGGUAAGUAGCUGCGGAGCGUGCAUUCCAACGAGGCCAUGUCCCUUCUCUCGAAAUGGCCAGUUGCUCCAUGACUCCAAGGUGGAGACAUUUCCAAAAAGCAGACCAAUUACCCGUGACUGAAUCUGGGGAUGGGGAAAUCAUUGCAUUUCCAUAGUUCAACACUUCCAACAAAGUAACCAGGAUGAAGCCUCUUAGCACCAAUUGGAUAAUAUAGGCAUUGGUUAACACAUAUUUCAUAUUUAUUUUACCAUACCCCUGGAUUUCAAGUCCCUAGCCUUUUCACCUUUGCAGGAAAUCCAGCUGGGAGUCCAGAACACGUACCGGAUACGGUACCAGUCUGGUACGGUACGGUACGGUACGGUACGGUACGCAAUAGGUUCCCAACACAACACAAAAAGCAAAGGAGCCAAUGUGGCAAACGGAAGGAAGGUGGUACCACCAGAUUCUUUACAAUGAUCCUGGCAGCUAGCUAGCUAGCAAGCAGCUAGCUACCGGUAGCCAGAAAGAAUCGAGCUACUGUGGGCGCUUUUUCUUUUGCAGAGCCAUCUUUUUCUUGCCUGUUUUGGUGAGCAACGAAAGCAGGCUGCUGCUGGCAGAAGGCAGGUAGAACAACACAAGAUUGCCCCACUUGAACGACAAUAGCAAUAGUCAGUCUCUGCGGGUUCAAGUACAAGGUAUCUUCUAUGCAUACGACUUGCUUUACUGGCAUUGCUUAUGACAGUAGCCAGCAGAGAAGUUGGAACAAGAGCCUGGUCUUGCUUAACCAACGAUUUCGAUGUGUCUCAUCGCGCCUGUUGGUGAGCUCCUGAGCAGAAGACCUCUAACAACCCAGCUACCGGUACCGGUAGAAACUUGUAGCCAGGCGAUUGCUUGCUUCAAGAUUGCUUUGCUUCACGGUCCUGAUCAAACCAUCCAUGUUUGCCAACAGCCAAUUACAACAUUCGAGUAAGAAGAGCACGAUCUGCCGCCAUCAGGUGCUGUCUGACCUUGGAUCCAGUAGAUCUACAUUAUACAUGUAGAAGGUUGGAGUUUACUAAACUUGGUAGCAUGCCACAUGCCACAAGUUACUGGUAACAGUAGUCAAACAUAACAGUGGAUGAAAGACGCCUCUGCGUCAGAUACAGGUUGUUCCAAGAACGGACAAUACUACAGCGCACAGGCAGCUACACAGGCUCCGUUUGCAGGAUCGCAUCAUCGUUGUGUUUAGGAGGUGGUGUGCCAGUUGAGGAGGUGGUGCCAACCUCUCAAGCAGUUUUCGUGCUGAGGACAAGAUCGUGGAAUGACUGUACGGUACAGUACCACAGCACAGACAACCACACGUACGAGGUUUCUACGUGUUUCUCAGUAGGAUCUUAGUAGGAUCUUAGGAGUAGGGGUAUCCAUGUUUGCCACCAAUGCCGAACACGUAUGCAAUUGUUCGCGGUUACCAUUCACAGAACCCAAAUUCCCACCUUUUGUGCUUACUCUGUGUUGGGAUGUUGUUGGGUCAGCAAGUUAGCAAGGUUUGCAACAUUCAACGUCACAGGUACCACCGCACCUUUUAUUUGAACCCAAAGGAUUCUCACAAAUAGUGGCUCACUGUUUACUCUAAAGCAAUCAACAACCCUUUCAAAACAAUAUCUAUCCAACGAAUCCUCGAGUACUUAUCUAGUAUAUCUUAUUUGAAGCUAUGUGCAGGAACACAAAGAUCAAGGAAUCCUUUCCCUCAGUGGAAACCAAGCCUACAACGGCCCAGGAAAGCAAGCAAAUCGCCCCCACUCACUCUGAAUUCGAACGCAACACGAGCUAUGACUGGUUGAUCUUCUUGGCCCCUCUUCUCGGUUCCUUCUUUACCAAUGUUUUCCCAAUCUACGUCAUCGGCAUUGCUCGAAUCUUUGUGAACAAUGCAAUAUUGUCUCUUCAUUAUCAGUUCAUCGACAAAGACAACUACCUCAACAAAUGGAGUCAAAAGCAGAUUCGCCGUGAAGGUGAAGAUUACAUGACCGGUGUCUUGCUGCACAUGUGGACGCAAGUCGCUUUGCAGAUUAUCUUCCCUGGCAUGUUCUUCACCCCUAACUCUGAGCUAGCUGCUUGCUUGUGGCGCACUUUCCUCAGUCAUGUUUUCAUGGUGGAACCGAUUUACUACUUUGCUCACCGGUGGUUGCACGUUCCCGAAGUCAUGAAAAGGAUGCAUGGAUUCCAUCACUUGUCCAUUGUCCCCAUGCCUACUACCGGAUUGGUUCAGAACUUUGAAGAACACUUUAUCUACAUUGCCACCUUUGGACCCGCCUUUCUUGCACCUUUCCUACUCUUUGGCUGUCAGCACUGGAUGGCCAUCGGAGCGUACUUGGUGGCAUUCGACAUUUGCAACGCUUACGGGCACACACACAUCAAAAUCCGCUCCUGGAUCUUUGAAAGCAAGUACUCUCCAAUGCACUAUCUGUUCUACACCCCCGAGUUCCAUCUUGGACACCACGCCUACUUCAACGCCAACUACUGUCUGUUCAUGCCAAUCUGGGAUUACAUGCUCGGGACGGCCCGAUCAUACAAGAAGAAGGAGGUCCAGUUGCUCCCUGCAAAGCAACAGAAUUUCGUGUUCAUUGGCCACAACGGCGGUCUCGGACACAUCCUGACUAUCCCUGAAUUCUGCUUCUACAAUGUCUACGACAAGUACAGGACUACUGGUUUGCCCCUCAAGCUUGAAUUCUUCAUCAUGCACAUCCUUUGUCAUAUGACAAGGCUCUUCAUGGACUUCUACUACUGCACUCGUUACUGCGUGGCGAAUGAGUACAUUGGUCGUAUCAUCUGUCUUACCAGAUCUCCCUGGGACUAUUUCUCCCCCAAGUCCUACAAUGCCGUGAACAAGGAGAUCAUUGAGCUAAUGCGCAAGGAGCACAAGAACUGCGGAACCAGAUACUUUGGUCUCGGAAACCUGAACAAGAUGAAGCAGCUCAACGACGGUGGAGUGGAGAUUGCCAAGAUGAUUAAAGAAGAUCCCUACCUGUCGGAUAAGAAUAUCAGAGUUUGGACCGGUGAUACCAUGACUGUGGCAUCUAUCUACCACCAGAUCGCGGACAUUCCCAAGCUAGACAAGUUCUUCUUCAUUGGAGCCGGUGGAAAGGUCGGCACUGCCGUCUGCAAACUGUUGACACGAUCACACCCCAACUUGAAGAUCAGGAUCUUCUCCAAGAACCCAGGCAUGGAGCAUCCCAACAUCAGCUACACCACGGACUUGAGCGAGAUGGCUCAAUACAAGGUAGUGAUGGUUGGCAAGAUGUUGUCUGGUGAAAUGUAUAGCAAGGCCUUGUCGAAGUUGGAGUCAGUGGAGACCCGUUAUUUCUUGGAUUACACCGUUCCCUCCCUUCCCAUUGCUGCCCUGGAGGUGAGACCGGAAGACGUCCAACACGUCCGGGUUGGUCUGCUCAAGACAUACUCCAACAACCCUUUCUUGAAGGGUUCCUAUGACACCUGCAUGGGCCAUGACGAGAAUCACAUCGUGCCCUGCCAUUUUGGUUGCCUGUUGAACACGGUGCAAGCUCGUGAAACCAACGAAGUGGGCGAAGUUGACUUGAAUGAUGUUGAGCGGCUUUGGAAGCUGACCGUAGCCCGCGGAUUCGAGAACAUUUCGUUUGACUACAAAUGAGUCCAUGCAUGCACCACCACAUGAAGAUGGCGUUGGGCCAUCAUCAAAAUAUUUCCCCUGUAUAUAGAAUACCGCCACAGUGAAGAUAUCCAUUCAAAGCCAACGUGAUGAUACUUCAUUGCUAAUAAUAUGUGUUUAAGUCACAAAGUUACAUCAC